AUGUCGGUGAUUCAAUUAGAGGACCUGGUCUUGUACCAACUACGGACAAGCUAUCUCAACGAUGUUGCCGACGGUGUUGGAGAACGCCUCUUCACGUUAAAUGAAGGCUUUCUGAAUUCGGCCCCUUUCAAGGCCGCCGGAUGGCGCACCAACCCUACCCUCAUCAAGCGAACUCACUCACCCCCAAUCCCAACAGCAGUCGCCUCUGAGUAUUUCCAGGCCCCGCGACGCGCCGGGUUGACCCUCGAGGAUGAAGGCGAGGAAGCCGGUCUGUUCUCGGGCAGCGUAGCCGAGGCUGUGGGUCCCAGCAUGGCCACAAAGCGCCGUCGUCGACGAGAACACAUGGAAGAGGAUGACAGCAGUGACCUCAGCGACGAGAGCGACGACGAGCUGGACCAGCGCGCCGCCCAGCAGAUCAAGUUCGCGAAGAUGCCGGUGAGGAACCGCUCGGGGUCUUCACCGCUCCAGUCGUCCAACCUACGCCAGGCUACGACCACGUCGUCCCCCCGGCCGAGCACAAGGCGGGGGUCCCAGUCUGCGCUUGAGAUUGUUAAAGAAAGGGCCCGGCGCGAUACCGUCACGAGCAGCGAAAUGUCCUCGGAAAACGAGUUCGACGCCUCUGGAUUCCACAAGCACCGGGAAGCAGCGCGGGCCGCUGCCGCCCGGGCCCAGAAGCUAUCGGCCAAGCUCAACACGGAACCUACUGAGGGCAUGGGACUGCUGGGGGCAGAUCUUGCGGGGGCGGAGGAGGAUGAUGAUUCCGACGCCUCGGACUUGUCAUCGGCCAUUCUCCCCAGUGUCGGCUCGGCAUCUAUUUUAGAGGCGGUCAAGAACCCGCUGAAUGCGUCGCUGACAACCACCCAGGUGGUGGGCACUCCGCCCCGUGUGUAUGCGAGGAGAUCCACGAUACGCAGGUCCGCCAUGCCGAUUCCAUUGCAUCGGCCCGUUGGCGACUUGCCACCGCCACGGCCGAUGAGCACAAUCCGGCCCUUGAGCAUGGCGCAGCCAAAGAGUCUGCUCUCCACGGCGUUAAAGGUCAAGAAGACAAAGCCAACUCUUCCUUUCGACAGCUUUGCCUCGCUCUCGGGACAGGGCGACCCGAAUCCGAUCAUGCUCCGCAUAUACGCACCCUUCUCGGACACACCCUCUCGGCCAUUCGAGGUCCUCAUCCGGAGAAGCGUUCACCACGGCGAAGGUGGAGACCGACCUGUCGCAGUGGCCGAUCUGAUCGGGUUGAGCCUCUGGCGCUACAACGAGGAGAAGCGGCAACCGGCGCUGCCCAGCGACAAGCUCAAUGUGAAUUGGUGGACCCUACGCAUGGUGGAAGAAGACGGCGAGAUUGACGACGAUUUCCCACCUCUGGAGCGCAAGAAGGGACUGCUCACGUACACUGUCAACAACAAGGCUGGCCGCGCCCGGUCGAACUCGAGACUCUACGACAUCUUCGGCCUAGUCCAGGCCUCGCCGGAUGAGUUUGAGGACAACAAGCGCAGUACGCCACAGUUUGAUCAGGAGGCUGAGGCGGCUGAAAACAGCAACAACAUCAUCGAAGAGGAAGACAAGGACGCGACACCACGAAACACACCGCGGCCCGAUGCUAUGGCCCUGCCACCAGACCGCCCACGGGAAAACCCGCUUCUGAACACCGCAUACCGCGCAAAUACCACCAUAUUCGCGGAUGCGCCGCAGUCCACUCAGCCAGCAAACGUCUCGUCACGCGGAGAGAAGAGGCUCUUGCGCAUCCACAUCCAUUCGUCAGAUGUCGCGCCCGGCCAAAUGAUCACCCUCGAUGUGAACACCGACACGUGGCUGGCCGAGGUCCUCGACAUUGCUUGCCGAAAACGACAGCUCGACAAGGCCAACCACGUCCUGAAGCUCCCCAACUCCGGAACGAUCGUGCUCCUAGACCGUACCGUGGCCUCGCUCGGCAAUGUAACAGACCUGGACCUCCACCGACGCCGUUUCGCCACCGACGGGCCCUUGAUGACCGGGUCGCUGAGCAGUUCGUCGCCCCGGCCGCACCUCUUCACCGAGAACGCCAGCUGGACCAAGGGCAAGAAGGGCAAACUCAUGGGCACGCACCCGCUGGCCAAGGAGGUGGCGAAACAGGAGGAACUCGGGGUCGCGCCGAGCUACAGGAAGUACACGGUCUGGCGGAAGCAGGCGAUGCGGUUGCUCUCGGAGAAGCUGUUUGCCAUUGAUGGCGAGUAUGUUCACAUCAUGCCGGCGUCGGGGGGGAAGCUGUCCGAGGGCGAUGGGAAGUCUACGACCGUCCACUUCAGUAAUGUGGUUGGUUGUAAGGUCUCGCGGAAACAUCCUACGAAUUUCAAGUUGGUCGUAUACAAGUCAACGGAGAGCAAGCGGUAUGACUUUGUCACCAGCAGUGCAGAAUAUGCGGCCGAGAUUGUCACUGAGCUCAAGAAGGGCAUCUCGCCAUACCGGGAGGUCUGA